CUUUUGGUGCAGUUCAAGUUUCAACGGUCCGUCAGUUUCAUACUGUAACUGAAAACGGUGAAAACCGAAAAAGAACAUUAUCAUUUUCCUUAUGUUACGUUACUGAAAAUUUCGACUAUUGAAAAUGGAUGGACUGUCGAGUAGCGAAGAGAACGGCACGGUUCCCGCGCCUAGUUCGAGCACUUCGGGUAGUUCAAAUGUUCCGGUUGUGUUGGGAAACUGUGCUAGUGGUAGUUCAAGUGCUAGAACACACUCGCCAAAAGUGUGCGUUACGCCUGGUUCGCAGAUCCUUCUUCAGAGAAAUUCUCUUUCUCCCAAUGUUCCCAGGAAAGUUAUGAGCAAAAACAAUAACAAUACAAUAUUUCCUACAUCAUAUCCAAACAACCAAGCAGAAUUGCAGCUGUUCAGAGUAAUGCAGAACGCCUCAUUACUACUUUAUUAUGACACUCUUCUGGAAAUGGGCGGUGACGACGUUCAACAGCUGUGUGAUGCCGGAGAAGAAGAAUUUCUCGAAAUAAUGUCUUUGGUCGGUAUGGCUUCUAAGCCGCUUCACGUUCGAAGGUUGCAGAAAAGCCUCCAAGAGUGGGUAACCAACCACUCAAAGUUUAAACUACCUUUAGUGCCCGGUGAAGACUUUGAACUAGAAUUGUCAAGUCCUCGCGUGACUAGUAAUCAUGUAUUUUAUUCGGAUAGCGGUGAUAGUAGUAGAACAAUAUACUCCCCAUCUCCUGGUGAUCUUGGUGCCUUACCCCCAGUUUCUAGCCCUGGUUUAACUAUUAGCAACAAAAGGCCUUAUUCUCCGUUAGACCCGUCAUGUCCUCCAUCUUCAAGUUCAAGUCCAGGAGCAAACAUGUCAGUACAACUAUCACCAAGUCUUAUGGAAAAUCAAAUAGCAAAACUUGCAUCAGCAGCAGAACGCUUAAGUAAACAGCUACCACAAUACGAACCAAAGCCUCACAACACCAAAAAGAAGGUGUGUAAAGAAUUAGAAUUAGUUAUAUCAAUGCCAGAGAAUGAUCCAAGGAGAAUGGAUGAAAUUAGGAGGUAUGCUGCAAUAUAUGGAAGGUUUGAUUGUAAAAGGAAACCUGAGAAGCCUCUAACAUUACAUGAGGUUUCUGUAAACGAAGCUGCCGCACAGAUAUGUAGGUUUAUUCCAGCACUUUUAACACGAAGAGACGAACUUUUCCCACUGGCUAGACAAGUUGUCAAGGAUUCGGGUUGUUAUUACUCAAAAACACAAUUAUCUACAGUUUAUAUGAAUAAACCAGGAAAUAUGGGCCAUGAUCGGGAGGUGGAUAUAUCAGCUAGAGCGAGCCCAAGAAUAGGAGGAUUUGAAAAUGAUAGAUCUAUAAGCAAGAGGCCAAAAAUGGAAGCCACUUCCGACUCAGACGACCGGCAGGAUUAUGAUGAAGCACUUGUAGUAAGAACCUCUAUCCAUUCGCUGUUUCAACACAAUUCUAAAAACCAUCAUUCAAGCGCAAGAGGCAAUACGUCACGAAGAUCCUCAGUGGGGGCCGAUGUGGAAGAAUCUGAUUUACAAUUUACCUCCAGCAAUUCUAGCAGUCCACAGAGGAAAGUAGAAGAUCACGGAGAGAACGAAGAAGGCUCGAGUGACUAUUCUCCUAAAGUACAAAUAAUAGCAGCUAGUGGUAAUAAUAUAAUUGCUGUAGCGAAUCCUGCCCUAGCGAUGUCUCCAGCUAUUAUCCCGCCCCUUCAUUCUAACCAAAUAUUGGAAGCCAGGGAAAAUCGGACAGAAAUAGAUUGACUGAAGAGCAUGCCCACAUGUAAUAUUAUUUUGACAGAUCAUUUUAUAAUACUGUGAUUUUAUAUGUUAUCUGAAAAUCAUUAGAGCUGACUGAUAUGUUGUAAGUUAUAUUUUAAGACAAGUGUUGAUGUUUUUCUUCAUUCUAUAAUCAAAACAAUUCAUUCUUUUGUAUUUAACAGUUUUAUCCAUUUUAAACCUUCAUUUUAUGUAAUAUUUAACUAGCUGGAGAUUUAAAGUAUAUUUUGAUAAAGUACAAUUUCUGUAGCCAUUGUUAAUAAACUUUG